AUGUCUCAAUUACCCACCAAGAACUGCGGCGUCCUAGGCUGCACCGGCUCUGUCGGCCAGCGCUUCAUCCUGCUGCUCCAACAACACCCAACGCUUCGCCUCGUCGCCGUGGGCGCGUCGGCACGGUCUGCCGGGAAGAAAUACCGCGAUGCAGUGCGCUGGAAGCAGGCGAGCCCCAUCUCGCCCGAGAUCGGCGAGCUUGUGGUGCGCGAGUGCAAAGCGAGCGAGUUCACCGACUGCGACAUCGUCUUCAGCGGCCUCGAUAGCGAUGUGGCCGGCGAGAUCGAGAAGGAGUUCCAGCACGCCAACCGCGCCGUCUUCUCCAACGCGAAAAACUACCGUCGCGAUCCGCUCGUACCUCUCGUCGUGCCCACAGUCAACCUCAACCACCUCGAUCUGAUUCCGCACCAGAGGCGCACCCAAGGGCUCGAGAAGGGGUUCCUGGUGUGCAACAGCAACUGCGCCGUCAUCGGACUCGUCAUCCCCUUUGCGGCGCUGCAGGCGCGGUUCGGCCGCAUCGACACCGUCUCGGUCGUCACCAUGCAAGCCGUGUCGGGCGCGGGCUAUCCCGGCGUGAGCAGCAUGGACAUGAUUGACAACGUGGUGCCGUUCAUCCAAGGCGAGGAAGACAAGCUGGAGACGGAGGCGCAAAAGAUCUUGGGCGCGCUCAACGCCGAUGCCACCGCCUUUGAGGACCAGGCCACGCUGCGCGUGUCGGCCGCAUGCAACCGCGUCCCCGUGCUCGACGGUCACACCGCAUGUGUGUCGCUGCGCUUCACCCAACGCCCGCCGCCAACGGCCGAACAGGUCAAGCAGGCCAUGCGCGAAUACGUCUCUGAGGCGCAGCGCUUGGGCUGCCCUUCUGCUCCGAACCCCCCCAUCAAGGUCUUUGACGAGGCCGACCGGCCCCAACCGCGUCUCGACCGUGACUUGUCCAAGGGGUACACCGUCUCUGUUGGGCGUGUUCGCGAGGACGAGAGCGGCAUCUUUGACAUUAAGUUUGUUGCUCUGAGCCACAACACCGUUAUCGGUGCAGCCGGCUCAUCUAUCCUCAACGCGGAGGCCGCCGUUCUCAAAGGCUAUAUUUAA